GCCGCCGUGGCCCCUGAUUGGCCAGCAGCGUCGGCAGGGAACGUGGAUCUCGCCGGUCCCGGGGAGAAGUGCGGAUGAUCAAGAUGGCGGGCAGCAGCCGGCUGUUGAAGGAACUUGCUGAAAUCCGCUCAUCUGGAAUGAAGAAUUUCCGUAAUAUCCUAGUGGAUGAAACAAAUGUAUUCUAUUGGCAAGGACUUAUUGUUCCUGAUAACCCUCCAUAUGACAAAGGAGCUUUCAGGAUUGAAAUAAGCUUUCCAUCAGAAUAUCCUUUCAAACCACCUAAAAUUACUUUCAAGACAAAGAUCUAUCAUCCCAACAUUGAUGAAAAAGGGCAAGUUUGUCUCCCAGUCAUUAGUGCUGAAAACUGGAAACCAGCAACCAAAACUGACCAAGUUAUCCAGUCACUCAUUGCACUUGUGAAUGACCCACAGCCUGAGCAUCCCCUAAGAGCUGACCUAGCUGAAGAAUACUCUAAGGACCGUAAAAAAUUCUUUAAGAAUGCUGAAGAGUUUACAAAGAAAUAUGGAGAAAAGCGGCCAGUGGACUAAGACUUGUCAUGCUGCCUUUCUGAUUUCAGAUUCUGGGCAGUACAUUUGAAACACACCAUCCAGCAGGACUCUGAUGAACACAUACAAGUGUCACCUUUGGUGUUUACUUGUGGCUGUUACUAACUUUCUACAGUUUUCAUAUAAUCAGAAGUGGUUUAGAUAAUGACUGUUCAGAUGGGAUUAAAACUUUAAAUAAGACAGUCUAGUUCUGCUUUCUAGUUUAAAAACACAAAAUCACUGCUUUAAUAAACAACUUUUCUCUCUCAAUUCCAUGAGUUCUUUUAACAGAUGGUAUUCUACCCUUGAGCUCAACAAGUAGGUUGCAUUUUUUUGUCUUCAGCCUCCCCUUUUUUUUUCUCAUUUUGAUAAUGUUAUUUUCCAAACUGAUGUCUUAGUGAAAAACAGCAAAAUCUUGAAGGAGAUUGAUGAAUAUUGAAGCAAUUUGUUUACUUUCUCUUAAUGUUGCACUGUUUUGUGGGAAACCUGGUUGCAAAUAGACCUGGCCUACAAUGUGCUAAGAACAUUGGAAAGGGAAAGAUGCUCCGUUGCUGGAGAGAAAAAAGCAGCUUGUUCCCAUGUAAUUUAGCUUGUGUUACUAUACAUUGAUGUUGACAAAAUAGGAAGCCCAUGGAUUUGCAUGUGAUUAAAUGUUGCAAACGGGAUUAAUUUUCUAAAGUUUUUUUUCUAGUGUUCUUUCUCCUUAUUUACCUCUGAAAUGAUUUGUCGAGGAUACAUGCUGAUUACAUUCUGUCAGGCUGUAUGACCCAAAUGCUCACCUUAUCUACAUCACUUUUCACACACUUUGAAAUUCACACUCAUGUAAAUCGUAAGUUAAACGCAAUGCAAGGAGAUUCAAAAUGGCAAUUGACUGCCACAUUUUAAGUGCAACAUGUUUGUCUGGAGCUGUUUAUGGGUUAGGUGGUCUGUUUUAAUCGUAAAGGAAUUCAAAAUUAGCAAUAGGAAUUUAAGAUUAAUGAAGUGAUUGCAUGAACAGAUCGAUACACCUGCAUUUGCCUCCUGGCUACUGUUGAGAACUUUGCAUUGCGAAUGGCAUUUGUUCUUUCUUCACUUAUGAUUUACUUUACUAAUUUAAUUUAAUGUGAUUCAGAAACUCUCUGCACUCCUGUGGAAUCGAUCCUGUGCAUUCUGCUUCACUAGUUUAGAUGUAGUGGUUACUUUGCAAUAGCAUUCGUAGAAAUGGUUGGAUUUUCUUAAUCUUGCAUCCAGCUUGGCUAAUUUAUGGAAGAUGCUGAGCCACACCAACAUGCUGCUUUUAUGCAAAUUUACAUUGGUUAAUCCAGCCUCUGAAGAGUGUUCACAUUUUGCUCAUUCCUUGGAGAGCUGAAAAGAAGUAACUGACGUCAGAGCUUUGUAACACGAGUAAAGAUCUGGGAUGUUUAAUUUCAAGACACUGUCACACUCAAAUGUAGUCAAUCACUUUUAAAUUAGGAAUUGGAAUUAGUUGAAGAUGUCUGCUAGACAAAUCUUUGACAAUAAAUUGACUGCUGGCAAAACUACUGCUGGUGUAAUGUCUAAUUAGAGCAAUGUUGUCCAAAGAAAGUCAUGUGCUGAUUAUCCUGAUUUUUUUUUUUUUUUUUUCUUAUCCAUAUUUCCAUGUUUUAAUAUAGAAGAGAAAUUAGAAUGAAAUUUGAGCAUUAAAAUAAGGGUAUAUGGAAGAAUAUUUACACUGCUGAAAUGUGAGUUGGUUGAGGUUGGUCAAAAUACAUAUUCUGGGCUAUGUUUUUAAGUGGAUUAUUAGCUCUGAAAUUGUAUCCUAUUUUGACUCGUGUACAUUUUACCGCUGUUUAAUCUACAGUAUGAUCUGUAAAACGGGAACAACUACCCUUUAAACCUAAGUACCCAAUAUCAUUUUUUUAAGCAGUCGACAUUAAAUUUAGUCUGAAUAAAGCUUAAUUGUCUCAAUUGGGUUUGUAAAGAAAAUUGUGAAUGAUGCUGGACUUGACAAACUUCCAAGCACUUUGGGAUUCAAAUAAAACUUCAUGCAGUGUAUUACUGGA